AUGGAGGUUUGCCGGGAAUACAGCCUGCCUCUUAUUCUAGCCUUCGUCGACUAUGAGAAAGCCUUCGACAGGGUAGAAACGAAUGCAAUACUGUCAGCGCUGGUCGAUCAAGGUGUGGAUGUGUCGUAUCUGAGGACAUUAGUCAAUUGCUACGAACGAUGCACGACUAGGAUACAGCUUUUCCACCGCCCCUUCACCGUACCCGUUGGAAAGAGGGUACGACAAGGUCGUACCAUACCGACUGCAUUGCAAUGGAUUAUGAAAUCACUUUCUUGGGAAGAAAGGAGCAUACGUGUCGAGGGAAGAUUCCUCUCCAACCUUCGUUUUGCGGACAACAUCGUUCCCUUUCCGAGAAGCACCAAUGAAGCAGAAGCGAUGCUCAAGGGACUGAACGAAGCAGGGAAGAGAAUUGGACUGCGAAUAAACAUAAAGAAGACACAGUUCAUGAAGAACGCCUACUACGAGGACGGAGGAGUACAAGUUGAAGGGUCGCAAACAAUUGGAAUUCCAUGA